AUGAACAGAAUUGCAAAAAGCCCACUAAAACUUAUUUUAUUUGGUGAACAUUCAGUCUUAAUUGGUGGAAGAUGUAUAUCAGUUUGCAUAAACAAAUAUUGUGUUUUAUAUAUGCCCGAAUAUAAAAAAAAGGAAAAUUGCAUAAAUUUAUUAAUUAAAGAAUCAAACAAUCCAGUAUUUGUAUUUUCUGUAGGUAAAGAUUCUAAAGUAAUGUCUACAUCUUCAAACUAUAAUGGUAUUAUAGAUAUCCAAUAUUUUUUAGGAUGUGGAUUAGGAAGUAGUGCUGCUAUUUCCAUUCUUAGUUCCAUUGCUUUAUACCAUCAAAAAAAGAUAAAUUUUUACAAUGAAAAAAUUUUUAAAGAAGCAGACACUUUUGAAGAUAUUUUUCAUGGAAAAAGCUCAGGUGUUGAUUGUGCCACAUUAAGAUAUGGGGGAAUGAUAUCAUUUAAAAAUAAAAAAGUAAAAAAAAUGACAGCUGAAUAUAUUUCAAUGUAUAAAAUUUUAAUUUAUAAUAGUAAUAUAUCAAAAGAUACGUGUAAAACUAUUAAACAAGAUUUAAAUAAUAAACAAAAGAAUUAUGAAAUGUUAAGUGUGAUUUCUGAAAAGGCAUAUGAAUUGCUUAGUAGGCCUUUUAAACUCUGUGAACUUUAUGCAUUAAUCAAAAAAGCUCAAGAUAUUUUUGAAGAUUUGGGUGUUGUUCCAGAAAAAAUGAAAAAUGAAGUAAGACGUCUUAGAGAGCAGGGAAUAGAAUCUAAAAUCACUGGUGCUGGUAAUGGUGGUCAUUUAUUUACAAUAGUAAAAAAAUCUUGUAGUUUAGAAAACUGGGAAGAAGUGAAUAUUGACCAUUGUGGCAUUAAUUUAAUUAAUGUAUAA